AUGAAUGUUCUUUAUCCCAGUGAAAAAAUGAAUCAAUGGCGACCGGGACAUUCUUCCACAACACGUGAUGUUAUUCAAGAUUUAAUUGUAGCGUUAAAACCGUACAAUAUUCGAUUAAUGCUCUAUAUUCACGUGACAGAUGGUCAUGAUUUUACAGAAGAAGAACAAAUGGCAACAGGAUGGAAUGAUCCGACAGAUAACUAUGCGAAAUGGAAUAAUUUUGUCAAUGAUAUGGUAACGGAAAUUGGUAACAGAUACGGAAAGGGGAUUGAUGGCUAUUGGUUAGAUAUGACAACCGAAGAUUAUUUUCAGGAUAUGAUUGAUAAACAAAGACUACGCCAGAGUCUUUUGGCUGGAAAUCUUGAUCGUGUGGUUGUCGGUAACGGUGGUGGAGGUGAUACGCCCGCGUCUGUUGCAGGCGGUGCGACUGAUUAUGAGGCUCGAGAGUAUUAUCCAUCGCUAGAUUUUAAUACAUGGACAUCAACUGAGAACCAGACAGCAACCGUUAUAGCGACAGACGGAAAUUGGUGGGUUACAACUGCAGUAGGAAAGAGUGAUUUAAAAUAUUCACCAGAAGAUAUGUUUCGAUUUACAAUAUUGGAAGCGGGUACAAAUCAAAAUGGAGGUGGUAUGAAUUGGGCUGUUGGCUGUUAUGUAGGCAGUAGUACACUAUGGGAAGAUGGAAUAAAGAUAGGAUUACAAAGAUUAGGCAACUAUAUUGAAUCUGUUAGUCCGUCGAUUAAAAAUGUUUAUCCAAGCACAUCUUAUAUAACACCGAGUGGUGCAUCGCUCAACACUAUUUCUAGUGGCAUUGUUGCCACGAAAUCCAUUGACGACAUGGUUGAAUAUAUUCAUGUACUAAAUCCACCUUCUGUUGGUAAUAUAUUAAUAUUAUCUGCUCCAAAAGAUUCCAAAGUAUUCCGCAAAGCUUUAUUAUUGAAAAAUGGGCAUGUUGUAUCUAUCAAACAAACUAAAAACAGUUUAGUACUUACGCUAGACAAAUCUGAUGCAUGGGAUAUUCUCGACACUGUUAUAAAAUUAGAAAUAUAA